AUGGCGCCGACCAACGUCACCACCGCCGCAGUCACGGCCACUGCGGUGCCGCCGCCGCCUGUGCCGACCAAGAUGAAGCGCCCUGUGCCGCCGGGCAUCCAGACCAACGGCGCCGCCUCGCUCGCCGCGUCGCCCUCGCCGUCCAUGGCAUCCUCCAAGCCGCCCUCGAGCGCGAAGCAGCCGCCCAGCUCCGCCAGCGACCGGGCCAUCACGGCAUCAACCGUGCGGCCCAUCAACCGGGUCCGCCGCGACACCCUGAACCAGACUUCCGGGCGCAACUCAAGAAACAGCGCCGGCUUGCGAUCGGCGUCGUUCGCAGCAGAUACGGCUGCCCAUAGCUGCGAUCCCCCACCUUACGUCGUCACCGAUGCCUACGUAUUGAAGAGGAACUCGGGGCGACCGCCCUCUCUAGUCGUCCAUAUGCAUCCGACACACUUCCGCUUCGAUGGUCAAGAUGGCAUGUUCCAGUAUAAGUCGCCGAUGAAGAUCUUUCUUGAGCAUGUGAAGAGCCGCACGAUCCCCCACGACCUCCUCCCCUACUUUGUCCAAGGCAAGGUACCCUUCUACGACGGCUGUCUCAUCGUACAGAUACACGAUCACAAAUCCGUGGUCCAGAACAAGGGUACCAAACGACCCUCGUCAGCCUCCAACGCCGUUGUGCCGUCGUCCAUCCACAACUACAACCAAUGGCUGACACCUUCACCCCACGUCCCGUUCCCCAAGGAAGAGCAGAAUGCCGGUGAUGCGGCUGCAAAGCCAAAAGAGGAGCCGAAGGAAGAAGACGCCGAUGUAAAGGAUGCGGAUAAGGAAUCUGCGCCAAAUGCCGCUGGCAGCGUCACAGAUACCAAGGCCCCCCCCAAACCAAAGAUCUUCACCGUUGUGCUUCACCCUACGCCCGAGAGCUUGCGCAUGGAUCUCAUGAUCAAGGCGACAAUGCCAAAGUCGCCUGGCGAGGGGCCCGGUGCUACCGACACUUUGGCCAUGGCUCCUCCAGCGACUCCGUCCGCGCUGGUGCCGCCAACACCGACUGCCGCCAAUAUCCCGCCGCCUGCAAAAAGGCAGAAGCGAGAAAAGAACGAGCUGGACGCCAGUCUGCUACAUGCUGCCGAGGGUCAGAUCUUGCUCGCGACCAAUGCACCCCUGAUGCUCGAACCAACCAAGAGCGUGGAGGAAACCAUCGCCCUGUUGGAGAAGAUGUCGCAUCCCAGCCACAGCGAGCCUCCGCCACAGCCCAAGGCUCGCAAGAGGACGGUGGCCGAAAUGGCCGCCGACGAGGCCUUUACCGCAGAGAUGGAGCGGUACAUGCUGGUUCUCGACGACCGGCUUGCGCCAAACGCUCCCGGCGCGCAGGGUGCUGGUGGAGCGGAUGGAGAUGGCCCAACUGGUGCAGCGACGUUUGAGCCUCGCUUCGAGCGCUUCAACCUCAUUGAGGACAUCAAGCGGGAGCACAACGAAAAGAAGGAACAGGAGAAGCUUAAGCAGCAGGAGAACGACAGGAAGCUGCAGCUCCAGAGACAGCAGCAACAGCAGCAACAGGCGCAGCAGGCGGUGGAAGCUGCGCAGAGACAGGCAGAGGCCGAGAGACUGCGGCGCGAAGCCGCGGCGGCGGCGAGGGAGGCCCAGAUGCGCCAGGCCGCCGAGGCCCAGCGCCAGGCAAUCGCCGCUCGCGCUGCCGCGCAGACUCCCGCGGCGCAGGCAAACAACGCCGCAGCGCAGAUGAACCAGACGCAGCACGCUCAUCCCGCCCAACAUCCGGGAUUGAACAAUGGCAUGCCCAACGGCGUCCAGCAAAACGCAAUGCCGAACGGUAUCCAUGGACCUACCCAGGCCCGGUUCCAAGCCCAGAUGUCUCAAGCCCAGGCUUCCUCUCCCAUCAUCCGUCAGCCGACUCCCCAGAACAUGUCGUCACCCAUGGUUGCGGCCGCUGCCAUGCAGCGGAACAACUCGACCAUGGCGGCAAGCCCUCCUCGGCCGGCUUCUGUAGUGCAGAACCCGCAGGUAUCGGUGCCCAUGGCCCACGCCAUGUCUUCUAGAAACAGCCAGCAGAGCCAUCCAUCAAGCACGCCACGCAUGCCUCACGCGACGCCUAGCAUGCCUCACGCAACUCCCAUCAACCGGCCCGCCAUGAUUGCGACGCCCCGCAUGACCCAGGCGAACAGCCCUCCGGCCAUGAUGGCGCAAAACUCUCAGAUGGGCCAGCAGAUGAUGAUGAACGCCCCAGGAAUGAACCAGGCCAGCCCUCAAGUCAUGGCCCAGAUGGCCCAGCAGCGAGCUAUACUACAGCAGCAGCAACAGCACCAACAGCAGCAGAUGGCGGCGGCUCUGCAGAAUAACAACUUCAAUAACAUGAACAUUGCUUCACAGGGCCAAGGCAUGACGCAGCAGCAGCAACAGAUGAUGCAGAUAAUGCAACGGCAAAUGCUGAUCCAACACCACCAGCAGCAGCAGCAACAGCAGCAGCAGCAUCCGCAAAACCCCAUGAUGAAUCCGCAGCAGCAACAGCAGCAGCAGCAGCAACAGCAACAGCAACAGCAGCAGCACCAGCAGUGGGCUCAGCAGUAUGCACAACAGUUGCAGAGCAUGCAAGGCGCCCAGAUACGCUCGAUGACGCCGCAGCUGCAGGCUCAGAUGCAGGCCCAGAUUCAACAAAUGUCUCGCAUGGGCCAGAUGAGCAACAUGGCGCGGGGCCAAAUGAACGGCCAGAUGAAUGGGCAGAUGAAUGGACAGAUGAACGGGCAGAUGAUGAAUGGCAAUGCUAAUGCCAAUGCCAACAUGCAAGCCAUGGUAGCCAUGCAGAUGCAGCAGCAGGCACAAGCUCAGGCCCAGCAGCAAGCCCAGGCACAGGCUCAGGCUCAGGCACACGCCCAAGCGCAAGCGGCGCAGGCGCAGGCCCAAGCACAGCAAGCGGCCCAAGCUCAGGCUCAAGCCCAGCAGGCGCAGCAAGCACAAGCCCAGGCUCAGCAUCAGGGCCAAGGUCCCCAGCCAGGACAGCCGAACAACCUGCAGGUUCAGCUACAGACCCAGACGCGCCUCUUUUACGGCCGGCUCCUGAACACGGCGGCCGCCAAGUUUGGCGGAGCCGACAACAUACCGCCGGACGCAAUGGAGAGGAUCAAACAGCAGGCUUUCAUGCAAGCCCAACAGAUGAUGAGGGACGUGAUGCAGCGCCGGCAGCAGCAGCAGCAGAUGCGACUUCAACAACGCCAGCAGCAGCAACAGCAACAGCAGCAACAGGCUGCGAUGCAAGGCGGGAUGAUGGGACACCAGGGAAUGUGA